AUGGCGCCGCCCCGCCGCUCCUGCGGGCUCCCGCUGCUGCUCCCGCUGGGCCUCGCCUGCGGCCGGCCCCCGCGGGCGGCGGCCGCCGCGGUGAGCCCCGCGCAGCUGCAGGCCCGGCUGCAGCACGCCGCCGACUCGGGCGCGCAGGCCUUCACGGUGCCCCCGGGCAGCUACCGCUUCGGCGCGGCGCCGCUGCGGCUGCGCGGCGCCCGCGGGCUGUCGAUCCGGGCCGGCGGCGCGACGCUGUGGUUCGAGGUCGGCGGGGGGCUCGAGAUCUCGGAGUCCGAGAACACAUCACCGUGA